AUGUUUAGAGAUUGCUACUACUCCAAGUUUGGUGAACGAUGUGGUGGCUGUCGGAAGCCCAUCACCGACGCAUACAUAACUGCACUGGAACAACCGUGGCACGAGGACUGUUUCAAAUGCAAGGAUUGUGGAAUAAAACUGACAGGUCGUAAUUUCUAUGCUGAGAAUGGUUACCUCUACUGCGAGAAGCACCAUCGUCGCAACUUAGGUAUGGUGUGCGCGGCGUGCCAGGAGCCCAUCUCAGGCAAUAGGUGCAUCAAUGCUCUGGGCAAUAGGUACCAUCCACAACACUUUGUGUGCACCUACUGCUUGCGUCAGCUUAGCACCGGCACCUUCAAGGAACGCCUUGGCAAGCCCUAUUGUGACUCCUGUUUUCGCCAACUCUUCGGCUGA